AAAUUAGAAGAACAGCACAUAUUGACUUUGACAUGUUGGUAGAAUAGGAAGAAAGUUUGAAUACUUUAUCAAUAGAACCACUUCCAUUAUAUGGAACACUUUUUCUGCAAAUUUUAUGGUUUACAAGUCUUAAUUCAAACGACUUGGCUAAUUUAUUUAUCACUUGAGACAAAUUUGAAAUUGACUAUGUGAUACCGUGUAAUACUGAUGUGAAAUGAUUACGACCAUUUUCAAUUUUCUUUUCCAAUACGUUAUGUGUAUUAUAAGUCCAUUGACCCAUAUGGCACAAAUGAAGAUAUAAGCUAGAACCACCAUUUGUUAUAAAUCAACGCAUAGGGGUUUGCAAAAUAAAAUGGAGAUUAUGUUUUCUCUUGUCAUGUUUGCUCUCCUCUUUUCCACGACUAAAUCAGGAGUAACUCAUUCAAACAACGGCGUUUUGGAAGAAGUUAGGGUUGGAUUGGUGGUGGACUUGGGUUCCGUAGAAGGCAAGAUUCUCAAAACUUAUUUUACCUUAGCGCUCUCAGAUUUCUAUCACAUAAACAGUGGCUAUCGAACAAGAGUCUCUGUUUUAGCAAGAGACUCUCGAGGAGACCCUCUCCUUGCCCUUGUUGCGGCUAGAAAGCUUCUCAAAAAAGCAAGAGUGGAAGCCAUUGUUGGUGGAAAAUCAUUACAAGAAGCAAAGCUUUUAGCGGCGCUUAGCGAUAAAACUAAACUUGUCGUGAUAUCUCCUUUCUUGCCGUAUACGUUAUGUUUGAACAAGUACAGUCACUUGAUCCAGUGGACGCAUGAUACGGCAUCAGAGGCAAAAGGAAUUGCGAGUCUCGUGCACGAUAUCGCUUGCAUUCUAGCAAAUGUAGUAGAGAAGAGAAGUCUAAGAGCUACAGCAACACGUAGUGGUACUGCUGAUGAAGCCUCUUGGAAUGUGUCAGAUCUUGUAACGCUAAUCAAACAUAGUAGAAGAUUCAAUGGUGACAGCCAAAUCAACAAAGAGACAUUAGAAAUCGCUAAUAUUGUAGGGAGAAAAGAGAGAAGGAUAGGAUUAUGGAGGCCUGGUGGAUCUAACAAAGUCCCACCAAGCCACCGUUUCUUGGAAGAGAGUGGUGAAAAGAAGAAGUUGCUCAGGGUGUUAGUUCCCUCAGGAAAUAGGGUCCCAAAUCUAGUGAGGGUGAGUCCUGAUCCUGAAACUGAUGUUGUUACUGUCACUGGAUUAUGCAUGGAGAUUUUCAAGACUUGCAUGGAUCCUCUUAAGUACGAGCUGGAGUUCAUACCUUAUAAUGGAAGCUAUGACAAUCUUGCUUAUCAACUCUAUACUCAGAGAGACAAAUAUGAUGCAGCUGCUGGUGAUUUAACAAUCACUUCCAACAGAUCUUCAUAUGUUGAAUUUACAUUGCCUUUCACAGACAUUGGUAUAGGUGCCCUGACACUGAAGAAGAAGAAACAUGGCAUAUGGGCCUUCUUUGACCCUUUUGAGAAACCCUUGUGGCUAGCAAGUGGAGCUUUCUUCAUCUUGACUGGGAUUGUUGUCUGGUUGGUUGAACGGCCCGUUAACCCGGAGUUCCAGGGAUCUUGGAAACAACAACUUGGUACAAUGCUAUGGUUUGGAUUCUCUACCAUUGUAUUUGCUCACAGAGAGAAGCUGCAAAAAAUGUCAUCAAGAUUCUUAGUGAUAGUUUGGAUGUUUGUUGUGUUGAUAUUAACUGCAAGUUACAGCGCCAACUUGACAUCAACCAAGACCAUUUCUCGCAUACAAUUAGAUAAUCCCCUGAGUUUUGGUCCUUCCAUGAUGAAGAUUAGCAACUCCGUAAAUGCGAUUGAGGCCUACGCUCAGGUUUUGCGAGAUGGAACUCUCAGUCAUGUAGUCGAUGAAAUACCGUAUCUCAAUAUUCUUCUAGGACAGUAUCCAGACGUUUUCGCAAUGACAGAUAGAGAGGCUAUUACCAAUGGCUUUGGCUUCAUGUUUCAAAAAGGUUCGGGGUUGGCUCCUAAAGUGUCACGAGAAAUAGCGAAGCUAAGGACAUCGGGAACGUUGAAAGACAUGGAGAAAAGAUGGUUCCAAAAAAUGGAUUCAUUCUAUGUAAAUUCCAACGACAAUGAUGAUGACGACGACGGAUCUAACCGCUUCACCUUCGGUGAGUUGGGCGGUUUGUUCAUCAUUGCGGGAGCUGCUCAUGCUCUUGUGCUAAUCAUGCAUCUCUUUCAGACACGUCGUGAGAUUUACCGUGUUUUGUGCGAAUCUCGACUGUUCACUAAGCUGAAAAGCUCUGCCAGUCUCUGGAGAUGCUAAAAAAGUUCAUCAUAUAUCUUUUCCACUUUAAAAAAUCAUAUAACCACUAUACUAGACUAUUAUUAUUAUUUUUGUCAUACUAACACAUUUUUGGGAAAUUUGUUAAAUUUUAUAUAAUAAAACAGUCAGAUCAACACAACAAAACAACAAAAGAAAAUACCA